AUGGAAAAAGUAACCGGCAGACUGCAUCUUCUUAGAGAAGGUAACAAGAUCUGGAGGUGGAGUGAUGUUGUAUCUUUCAUGCUCCCACAUUAUUCCGGUACCGCCACAACCAGUUUGGACUUCAUCAAUGAUCAAUUUAGCGCCAUACUUCAAGGUAAUGUCUCUGAGACCCUGGAAGAACGUGGCAGAAGCAUGGUUAUCACCUCCCUCGGACUGUAUAGGCUCGACGAUAACACAGGCUAUAGGGCAGUGCCAAGUCUUGAAGAUGGGAAUUCAGCUUUUGGCCAUUUGAAUGAUGGCAUAUCCAUCUUGUGGAUUGGUUUGGAUCUUGUGACAGAGCCGGAUGCAAACAGUCUUCCGUGGAAAGCCCUUGCGAAUGAAAGAACAGCGAGUUCUGGAUUACCUGGAGCCUGGUUUUCCAUACAGGAAGCUUCUUCUUCGGAGCUGAAUUGCUUAUCAAAACCUCUCUUUUUGGAUUGA